CUCCUCGGUGCACCCCACCCAGCUGUUCCCUGGGGCCGGGGGCUGGGUGGGGCGGGGCGGUGGAGGGGCGCUGCUAAGGGCCGGUGCUGGUGAGGAGAGGAGGGCUCCGGGGGCGGGGAUUGCGGGCCCUCCCAGCAAAGGAAAUAGACCCCAAGGGGCGGGGCGUCAGGGCAGGACGGAAGUGACGCUACGCGGGCGGGGUUGGCCCUGCACAAUGGGCCAUGGAGUUCCCGUUUGAUGUGGACGCGCUGCUGCCAGAGCGGAUCACGGUGCUGGACCAGCACCUGCGGCCCCCGGCCCGCCGACCCGGAACCACAACGCCAGCCCGUGUUGAUGUGCAGCAGCAACUUAUGACCAUCGUAGAUGAACUGGGCAAGGCUUCUGCCAAGGCCCAGCAUCUUCCUGCACCCAUCACCAGUGCAUCGAGGAUGCAGAGUAACCGCCAUGUUAUGUAUGUGCUCAAAGACAGCUCCGCUCGACCGGCUGGAAAAGGAGCUAUUAUUGGUUUCCUCAAAGUUGGCUACAAGAAACUUUUUGUACUGGAUGAUCGUGAGGCUCACAAUGAGGUGGAACCACUUUGCAUCCUGGACUUUUACAUCCACGAGACACUUCAACGCCAUGGCCACGGGCGAGAACUCUUCCAGUAUAUGUUGCAGAAGGAGCGAGUUGAACCACACCAACUAGCCAUUGACCGACCCUCACCGAAGCUGCUGAAGUUCCUAAAUAAACACUACAACCUGGAGACCACAGUCCCGCAGGUGAACAACUUUGUGAUCUUUGAAGGCUUCUUUGCCCAUCAGCAUCGGCCCCCUGCUCCCCCUCUGAGGGCAACUGGACACGCGCGUGCUGCGGCCGACCCUGUGCCCCCUGCUCCAGCAAGGAAGCUGCCCCCCAAGAGAGCAGAGGGAGACAUUAAGCCGUACUCCUCGAGUGACCGAGAAUUUCUGAAGGUAGCUGUGGAGCCUCCUUGGCCCCUAAACAGAGCCCCUCGCCGAGCUACACCUCCAGCCCACCCCCCACGCUCCAGCAGCCUGGGAAACUCGCCCGAACGAGGUCCCCUCCGCCCCUUUGUGCCAGAGCAGGAGCUGCUGCGUUCCCUGCGCCUCUGCCCCCCUCACCCUGCUGCCCGCCUUCUGCUGGCCACCGACCCUGCAGCCAGCCCAGCCCAGCGCCGCCGCACCAGCUCCCUUCCCCGUUCUGAGGAGAGUCGCUACUGACAGUUAACCCUCUCCCCCCGGGAGCCUCGUCCCCGAGAACCCACCCCUUCUCGUCCAGUGCGUCCCAGGACCCCGAGGAGCCUGACGGAGCCCAUGAGACUCCCUCUUCUCCUUUGUGGGUUGUCAAGGCCCCGAUGGCCCACUGCUUUGUAGCUUUCCUCGCCCUAGAAGCACCUCCUCUCCCAACGCGGUCACUGAGCACUCCCCACAGACAGCGGAGCCGCUGCCUCCCUGGCCGUGCAGCUCCUCCACAUUGUCCAGAGCAGCACACCCUGGCUCGCUGUCGGACUCUAGACCACCAUGGAGGCCCGACGGCCUUCGCUGCAGGGUCUUGUCCCUGGAACAAAUCCGUAGCUCACUCUCCAGUCCAGUGAUGGCCCUCGUGCUGCCACCUACACUGCCUUUCAGCCCGCUCAUGCCAGCCAGCGAGGUUGCUUCGGAGCAGUCCAGGUGGCUAGGACAGGGACUGACAGCUCCUUAAAGGGACCCCCCAACAUUGCUAGGCUCUUCAUUACACGUGUGUAUGUCAGGGACCCCUGAGCUGUUGUCUACUUUGGGGCUAGACUCGCACUUCUGAAGACAGCGCUACCCCCCAGGCGAGAUUCUGUGAGGGACUUCGUUUCUUGGCAGCACCUGGGGUCAAAGAGGGGCCGCCUUUGCCAGGUUUCACAAGAGAAGCCUGAGUCUCAAGGGCCCGUUAGCUCCUGGACCCGUCCUCCCCCGCAGCUAGAUGCCCGUCUAUUCCUUGUUGUGUGAUUGUCGUGAUGAUGGGAACUUCUCUCUGGCCUUCCUUUCUUCCCUGCUCCACACCCAGGAAUAAAGCCUCCUCCCUCCUCCUUCCUCUGAGUGUGUGGUAGAGCAGGCACCCCCUGUGCUCCCCCAAAUCCUUGGGAGCAGGGUCUCCCUUUCUCCCUACUCAUUUCUCCGUUCUCUUCUCCCUCUCAGUGUUGUGUGAAUAAAGUUUGAAUUCCUUUGUGUUUUUUAAA